AUGGCGGCAAGGAAACUGCAGCAAGAGGUCGACAAAUGCUUCAAAAAGGUGGCCGAAGGCGUCGCCGAGUUCGAGGCCAUCUACGAGAAAAUCGAGCAGUCCAACAACCCGGCGCAAAAGGAAAAGCUCGAGGACAACCUCAAGCGCGAGAUCAAGAAGCUGCAACGGUUGCGCGAUCAGAUCAAGACAUGGGCCGCCAGCAACGACAUCAAGGACAAGGCGCCUUUGCUAGAGCACCGGAAGCUGAUAGAAACGCAAAUGGAGAAAUUCAAGGCUGUGGAAAAGGCUAUGAAGACCAAGGCAUACUCCAAAGAGGGACUAUCGGCCGCCGCGAAGCUCGAUCCAAAGGAACAAGCCAAAGUCGAGGCCGGCGAGUUCUUGAGUAGUAUGGUCGACGAGCUGGAGCAACAGAUCGAGGCCCUGGAGGCCGAGGGCGAGUCCAUACAAGCUACCAUGAAGAAAGGCAAGAAUCACGGAUCCAAGGCUGACCGCAUGGCUGAGAUUGAGCGGACAAUCGAGCAGCACAAGUGGCACCAAGGAAAACUAGAGCUGAUUCGGCGCUCGCUGGAGAACGGGGGCAUCGAGACGGAGCAGGUCAACGAACUGGAAGAAAAUAUCCGCUACUACGUCUCGGACGGUCUACACGACGAGAGCAUACACGACGAGGAAAUGUACGACGACUUGAACCUGGACGAUGACGAAGGGGACGAAGCGGCGCCAGAGGUAGAACAACCGGCCAAGCCAGCAACGAGGAGAUCGCAAAGGGAGGUGGACACGGCUGGCUCUGGUAGCGGCGGCGGAGCUGGACGCAAAGUCUCGGUGCCAAUCAAAUCGCCCCUACCUGCGCUGGCCACGCUGCAUACGCCACUGUCGACAAUCAGCACCGGCAUCACGAGCGGGCCCACGAUGAAGCCGGCUGCGGUGCCGACGAGGCCGGCGGGCGAGGGGCUCAAGUAUGCGUCGGCUGCUGCAGCUGCUGCAGCGAGCGACAGGAACAACGUGGGCAUCGCGCCUUUGCCGCCGCCUCCAGGGUCCGCGAGCGUGGUCAUCUCACCACUGCCAUUGGCUCAGGCAAAGACGAGUGCGACGAGCUCGCCAGCCACCACCUCGGUGCAACCCAUAGCGUCUGCCGUGGCGGCGGCGGCGGGCGCAUCGUCGCAGCAGGCGGAGCCCAGGUCGGGCCCUUCGUCAGCGGGCAAGCAACCUGCUGCGGUCGAGCCUACGGAUGCUGCGACUGUGCCCCAAGCAAACGGCGCUACCAACGGGAUCAAGCCCAUAGCCGAGGAGCCGGAGGAAGAGUGCAUAUACCACCUACCCUCGUCGCUGCAGGAUCUGGUGGACUCGUACGAAACGGCGCGGAAACGGCCGCUGCCGCCGUCUGCGUCCCCGCCAACGCUGCGGAUGAUGACGGCGAGCCAGGCAAGCUGUCCCGAGGCGCUCGACUCCGAGGUUCCGCGAACGUAUCGGCCCGACAUGCCCGUGCCUCAGACGGGGUCUGGCUUCCCGCGAGAACCGCUGCCCAUCUUCGACGACCCGCGGCUCUAUUCGCGCAUAGACCCGGACACGCUGUUCUAUGUCUUUUACUAUAAGCAGGGAACGGCCCAACAGUAUCUGGCGGCCAAGGCGCUCAAGGACCAGAGCUGGCGGUUUCACAAGCAGUACCAGACGUGGUUUCAACGCCACGAGGAGCCCAAGAACAUCACCGAGGAGCAUGAGCAGGGCACGUACCGGUUCUUUGACUACGAGAGCACAUGGAUGAACCGACGGAAAGCGGACUUUAGGUUUGCGUACAAGUUUCUCGAGGACGACAUCUGA